AUGCCUCGUGACGGAUCUGGACACUCUCACAACGCCGUCGAGGGCGACGAGCUCGUACACGGUGCACCAACUGGCAACGAGCAAACUGGCUCCGGCGUCGACCGAYCAAACAAGGCCGCAGCACCACCAGCACAUGAGGCCGGCGAGGCCAUCACCAACCCAGCUUCCGGUGGCGGAAGCCAAGGUCUCACUGGUGUGGGCAGCGGAAAGGGCGCAAAGCCCGAGUAA